AUGUCGGACAUUCAAGCCUUGAGACGGCUUAUUCGCUCUCACCCGCUUAUCGACAACCAUGCACACAACAUCCUGAGUGCUGAGUAUGCAGCAGACUAUGAUAGAUACCCCCUGGAGAGCGUCGUCUCAGAGGCCCAGGGAGACUCCCUGCUGGAGGACGGAUGCAGGGCUCUCCCCCAUAUCAGGGCCACCAGGCAGCUGGCAGAGCUGUACGGAUGUACGGAUGAGCUGGAGGCCCUCAAAAUCGCCAGAGCAGAGGCAAUUGUGAGUGAUUAUGAUCAGCUGGUGAAGAAGUGUUUGCACGGAACCCAUAUGCUCCUCAUUGACGACGGUUUGAGCUUGGAGCACUCAAAGCCAUACGAGUGGCAUGACCGGUUUACCACUGGACCUACAAAGAGAAUUAUUCGCAUUGAAACCCUGGCUGCUUCGAUCUCGAAGAUACUGCUGCAAAAGGCCAUCAACGAUGAGAUUGAUAUCCCGGGGGCCGAGGACGAGAACGGCCUUAUCUUGGAGAAAUACUCUUCUACCAAGCUCCUAUCUGUCUUUGAAGUUGCAUUUAAGAACAGGAUCAGAGAGUACCUGGAGGAUGUUGAGAUUGCCGGGUUCAAAUCAGUCAUCUGCUAUCGGUCUGGCCUGGCAGUGAAGAAGCCUGCAACCAAUGAUGUCUUCACAAGCUUUAAUUCUUAUUUCCACACAUUGUCCACGGAGGGAAACGGCCGGGUUGAUAGCAAGCCUUUGAACGACCACUUGGUCUUAAUGGUCCUGAUUGUACUCCAACAGCAUCACCUCGCCACGGGGAAAACCAAGCCGAUCCAGUUCCAUACAGGCUUAGGAGAUUCUGACAUUGAACUUACUCAGUCUGACCCAGCUCUUCUUCAAUCUGUCAUUGAGGAGUUUCAAACGGUCAAUUUCGUUCUGCUUCAUUCGUCGUACCCCUUUACACGUCAGGCAGGAUACCUGGCGAGCACUUAUAAAAACGUCUACUUGGACUUAGGUGAAGUGUUCCCGAUGAUUAGCAGAGAUGGCCAGCUUGCGGUCGUCCGUCAAGCUUUGGAAUUAGUGCCUACUUCUAAGCUUCUCUGGAGCACUGAUGGCCAUUUUCACCCGGAGACAUUUUGGCUGGCCAACCUUCAGUUUAGACAAGCGUUGGAAACAGUUUUCACCGAGUAUGUAUACAAGGGAGAUUUCAACGUCAGCUAUGCAAUGACCUCAGUUACGGAUAUCCUAUUCAAUAACUCCAAUAAGCUUUAUAACCUGGAGCAGACUGUGAGCUUCGAGACUCUCAUGGGUUUACAGUGGGAUACAGAGACAACAUUACCCGAGCUUUUUGCCCAGAGGCCACAAGAAUCUAUCCUUCAAACAGCCCAAAGAUUCACGUCCACUUACGAAAAUAUUGACUUUUACUGGCUUCAAUUUGUGGACUAUACAGCGACUGUCCGCGUUCGAAUGCUUCCUGCCAGUCAAUUCCACCAAGUGCUCCAGGGAAAAUCUCUUGGAAUCACAAUGGCUCUUACGAACUUGCUACAGAAUGACACACUAGGCGAACCAGGUGCUUUGACCGCAGGCCAGUUCAUUCUACGGCCCGACGUUACUACCCUGUCCCCUAAUCUUAAAAGAUCUGGUUCCCCUAACAGCGCUACGGUAAUGACUUUCUGGAGAAAUGCAUAUGGAAGGCCCUUGGAAGGAUGUCCACGAUUUACCCUGCAGAAUUUGGUUGACAAGUGCAAAUCCGAAUUUGGUAUCUCUUUGCUCGUCGGUUUUGAAGUUGAAGUAGUGUUCAUGAAACCAUCUGGAGCUAAACGGGACCAUCGCUACAACUACCUCGAAGAUGAAGACUAUUUCACUCCCUUAACCCUCAAUCAUUCAUGGUCAAACAUGACAUCCGACGCAAGAACAGCACUGCCCCUUGUGGAAGAAAUAGCUUCUGAGCUUCUAGCCUUAGGCAUCGAAAUCGAGCAGUUCCAUGCAGAGUCGUCGCCAGGCCAAUUCGAAUUCGUGCUUCCUCCAUCUCGACCUGUGGCUUCAGUCGAUAUCCUCAUUAAAGCCCGACAGGUCAUCGUCACAGUCGCGGAGAGAUAUGGCGUUCGAGCAACCCUGUACCCGAGGCCAUCCCCCAGCCACGCAGGAACCGCAUCACACGCCCAUAUAUCCAUCUCACCAGCAUCGCGUGAGAACUACUUUCUUGCUGGAAUGUUGAAGCACUUCCCAUCCAUCUUGGCAUUUACAUUCCCUCAAGAUGCAUGUUAUGAGCGUGUUUUGCCUGGUAUCUGGGCUGGAGGUGUAUGGGUUGCAUGGGGAGACCAGAAUCGCGAAACUCCUAUCCGAAAAAUUCAUGAUGGCCACUGGGAAAUCAAGUCCAUGGAUGGAAUGUCGAACCCAUACCUGGCCAUGGCAGCCAUUAUUGGUGCGGGAUAUCUGGGUUUGAAGAACCACACGAGGCUGGAAGUCAAGGCCUGCAAUGUUGAUCCUGUGGAGCUGAGUGAUGUAGAACGUCGGGAGCUGGGAAUAACCACCCCCAUGCCCAAGUCCAUCGAUGAAAGCAUUGCAGCCUUGGAGGAUAACACUGCCCUUCAAGAGCUGUUAGGCAAAGUCUUCGUCAAACGAUACAUCGCUGUUAGGAAAGGGGAGCAGAAGAUGCUCAAGAGUAUGAGCGAGGCUAAACGGCGAAACUGGCUGAUUGAGAAGUACUAA